GCCUGCGCGGAGCGACUCCUCUGCUUCGCCUGUCCCAUCUUUUGCUCAGCCCUUCUUCUCUUCCCCCCCCACCCGGCGCGACUUCCCUCUGGGCCGAGGAGGCGGCGGACCUGAGAGCGGCUCCGACGGGGACCGGAGCGGCUGCGCAGCCGCGGACCUGGCCGAGGGAGGCCCGGCUGCCUUGGCCAUGGGCUCCUGAGGGCCUCUCGCUCCGCCCCGUCCCUCGAACGACGGAGCGGUCCGUGCCGGCCAGGGGGAGCGGGAGGAGCGGCGACCCGGCUGGCCCUGGCAGUGCCGCGUGGCGGUUUGAAGGACCCACAGCUCAUCAGUGGCUGCACGCACAGGCAUGAUGAUGGUAAUGACUGGAGGCAUGUCAGUGCCUGAGCUGGGCUCCACAGCCAGCACCCCUGCUGCAGCUUCCAAUUUGACUGAGAUGCCUGAGGAUGGCCGACACGCUGUGGUGGAACAGCCUAUAUUCCUAAUGACAACAGCUGCUCAAGCCAUCUCAGGUUUCUUUGUGUGGACAGCUUUGCUCAUCACCUGCCAUCAGAUCUACAUGCAUCUGCGCUGCUACAGUUGCCCCAAUGAGCAGCGCUACAUUGUUCGGAUCCUGUUCAUUGUGCCCAUUUAUGCUGUGGAUUCGUGGCUCAGUCUCCUGUUCUUCACCAAUGACCAGUACUAUGUUUACUUUGGCACUGUGAGGGAUUGCUAUGAAGCUUUUGUAAUCUACAACUUCCUUAGUCUCUGCUAUGAGUACCUUGGAGGGGAGAGUUCUAUCAUGUCAGAGAUUCGGGGGAAACCUAUUGAGUCCAGUUGUAUGUACGGAACUUGUUGUUUAUGGGGGAAAACGUACUCCAUUGGAUUCCUGAGAUUCUGCAAACAGGCUACUCUUCAGUUUUGUGUGGUGAAGCCCCUCAUGGCUAUUAGUACGGUUAUCCUUCAGGCUUUUGGGAAGUACCAGGAUGGUGAUUUUGAUGUCAGAAGUGGGUAUCUGUACGUGACAAUCAUUUACAAUAUUUCCGUCAGCCUGGCACUCUACGCCCUGUUCCUCUUCUAUUUCGCCACACGUGAACUACUCAGUCCCUAUAGUCCUGUCCUCAAAUUCUUCAUGGUCAAGUCUGUCAUUUUCCUGUCCUUCUGGCAAGGGAUGUUGCUGGCCAUUCUGGAGAAGUGUGGUGCAAUCCCUAAGAUCCAGUCUGCCAACGUCUCUGUCGGCGAGGGGACAGUGGCAGCUGGCUACCAGGAUUUCAUCAUCUGUGUGGAAAUGUUCUUUGCAGCCAUUGCUCUGCGGCACGCCUUCACGCACAAGGUUUACGCAGACAAGCGUCUUGAUGCGCAAGCUGUUCCGACAUAUGGGCCAUACGGUCGCUGUGCCCCCAUGAAGAGUAUCUCCAGCAGCCUUAAGGAGACCAUGAACCCUCACGAUAUUGUGCAGGAUGCCAUCCACAAUUUCUCCCCUGCCUACCAGCAGUACACCCAGCAGUCAACCCUGGAACACGGACCACCUUGGCGUAACGGCAGUCACGUCAUCUCUCGUUCCCAUAGCAACUCUGGUGCCCGUGACAAUGAAAAGACCCUGUUGCUGAGCUCAGAUGAUGAGUUCUAAAGAACUUGAUGAAGCAUGCUGCGACCUUUAUUUAUUGAACCAGAAACACAAGUCAUAUCCCUUUUUAAAUGGUGCUGAAGUCAAGUGUGGGCUCUUCCUGUCGCCAGUUGCAAGCGUGGACCAUUUUGGCUAAGGCAGGUGGUUUGGAGCAUUUUUUUCUCGGUCUUGUCUGUAAAGGUUUAACUGGAGUAUAUUUCACUCAAGGAAAACGUAAGGAGCCCUAGAACCACCAGAUGCAGGCAGAGGGAGCAGAACUUCAGGAGGGAUCAGAUUUUCUUUUAAAUGGUCUUUCUGUUUUUAUUCUUUUCAGGGCAAGGGUAGGAGCCAGGCAGUGUACAAACACAGAAUGCAUCUUUACUCACUUGCUUUAGCUAUGUGGAAUAAAAUUGACUGAAAACAGAAGCAGUCAAUUAUUUUUUUCACCUAUACUACUAAAAUGUACUUCUGUACUCUUGUCUGAGUCCACGCUGGAUGUUCAGUUUUUGACUCAGUAUUAACUUUGGCGAUCUUGAUGAGAAUCCCAUUAGGUAUAUUCUGGACUAGUUGCACUUGGAGCUGCCUUAUACUGAACAAGAGCAUUGGUCCAUUCAAGGACCAUGCUGUCUAUUCAGAUUGGCAGCAGUUUUCCAGGGCCUUAGGUAAAGGUCUACUUCUGAUCCUUCUCAUUUUGUAGCUGUGGAUGGAAGGGGUUGGACCUGAGACCUUUCAACAGGCCAAGCAGAUGUUCUGCCAGUGAGCCAUAACCCCUCCCCAGUGGCCUGCAUUGGGUUCCUCAGAAGGGACAAUAUUCAGCUGCACAAAAGAGGAACUAGAACUGGGUGAAGGAAGAGAAGACAUUUCUGGAUUGAAACAAUAAGCAGCUCUUAAACAUCUUAUUGUGGUGGCAGCUCGUUUUUGUGAUGAAAUCGUAUUCUCUUGAGGAGCUCACCGCAUUCUGCAAAAUAGUACUUGUCAACAGCAGACGAGAGAAGUUAAUGGCCACAGUCUAGGGAUAGUUCUGCUCAACAGAGUGUCGCAGACAACAGAUGUGUAUGGCCAUUUCGGUCAUGAUGUCAGGUGGAUAAAAAUGUGUAUCCUCAGCUGUAAACUUCAGUGUGGAUGAGGGAUCACACUGGAUGACUGGCCCUUAGUUGCAUUACUGAUCCGGGAAGAGAGAAUCUGCAGGAGUGGAUUUGCUUCUCUGCAUGGAUUUCUCUCAGCUGGAUCUGUCGUAAAGCUUUUAUACGUCGACAUUUAGAUUCUGUAAUUUAAUUUCAGUCCCUUCUGUAUUCUCUUUUGAGAGGGAAGAUUUCCAAAAGCAGCUUCAUAUUUAAUUUUAGUAUUACACCAGGCCCUCUGUUGGAGCGGGAUACUCUUCUGAUUUAAAUUCUAGAUCAUCUGCUUCAAAGGCCCUUGAUCUUUUUUGCUGUCAUCUCUAUUUUAUCCUUUUGUUAUAGUUUAGUUUUACAUAAGUGCCGCUGGCGUAGAGUGUGCUGAAUAUUCACCUAAGAUGGACAUCCCUUUUCUCUUCCCUCACUCACAUCCUAGGCGGGUGGCAGUUUGACCAAGAACAACAAACAUCUUUUUUCUGAUGUGUAUCUGUUAUUGUGCUGUUGCAUUCUCUGUGGCCCAUAUAGUGAAAACUGUUUACAGAAUUUCUUGUCUCCCGUUAGGCCUGAUCUACCCUUUACUGAACAUCUCUAUGUCAGACUUUUAAGUUCCCUUUUUACAAGCUGAAAUACCUGCCAGUGACGUGACACUUCAGUGCAUUAACAAUUUAAAGCUGGAAAUGGCAAUACAGCAAUGCAGCGUAUUGCGCUUCUGUGUUGUAGUUGUGGUUAAUUGUGCAUGUAUUAACACUGCCCGCAGAAAAGGGGAAUAGCAUCAGACCUCGUCCUUCCCCCACACGUCUCUCGAUUCCUCUUCCCUGUUCACUGCCAGUAAUGCUAGUUCUGUUUAAGUGGCUAGAAUGUCUCGUUCCCACAACUGCUUGUAAUCACUGAGCACCUGUUCUCUUUAGGUGUGUUUAACCCUUUCUUUGGAGAGUCCAGGAAUGAGGAUUUGCAGGGAAUGAUUCUUGCUCCUUUUCUCUGUGCCUUAAUUCCCCCCCCCCCCCCCGGUCUCUCUCUCUCUGUCUUACUCAUACACACAAGCAGUCGUGGCCAACGGCAGUAGCAGCACCCUUCAUCCAAGUUGCGCCUGGUUGGGUAAGAGUGUUACCGUGUGGGGUUGGGCAGGUUUGCCAAGACUUGUGACUGUGUUUCCUGGAGGGAUGGUUGUGCUGCUGCUGCUGCUGCUGUGGUUUACGCUUCACUCUGUAUGUUCCAGAAGAAACUGGAUAGGAGGCAGGAGUACAACAGCUCCAUUCAUAUCUCCUGCUCAAAACAGCCAGAGGGGUUAGAACUCAGAAAGGAAGUAGAGGUUUAAAAGUAACACGUUUUUGUACAUAUGAAAUCACACACACACCUUUUUUUGUUUUGUUUUUGCUUUUAGACCAGUGCAGUAGAUUCUUAUGGGUUGAUUUUGAAAAUCACAUUGCUGCUUAAAAAAAAAAAAUUGUCCGUGCAACCCACACACUGUCUUGCAAUAACUAACACCCAGUUGUUAAACUGUUAAGGGAUCAGGCUUGAACUUGAGGCCUUACAGCUGAAGGAACCCCACUUGCCCGAUAAUCCUCUCUUUUUCUUCAGCACUAGACAUGGCCCUGUUGAGCUGUGCCUUUUCUGCAGAAGGAAGGGGGGAGUGCCUGCCCACCUUCUUUGCCAGUGUAGGACACCCCAUUGGUGGGGUUAGGCCAGGUCCGCACCAGCUGAAGAAGAUUAAUUGUUUUUUUUUGUGCCAGCAGAAAGACUUCUGCCCAGCCCUUGGGGCGUACAACAGCCUCAUGAAGUGGGGAUGGAUUUCAAAGAGCCCUUUGUUGAAAUGACCUUUUUACUUCUGUGCUUGACCUUUUUCAGUUUGUGAUUCUGGAGGAGGUUGUGCUCUACCUACCGCACCUAUUAUGGGCCUGUGUCUCCCCACCAUAUCCAUGCGCUUUCCAGUUCUUUGUGCCCAUCGCCGACACACACCUUUUUUCAUUUAUUAGUGAUAAGUCUUCCCAGGGAACCCGCUUUUGUAAGGGGCUGGGUGGAAGAUGCAGCUGAAGUCGAUGCUGUUGUCGUGCGGUUAUUUCAGCACUGGGAGUAGUUCUAUAUAUAUCUAUAUAUUUUUAUAUAUAUUUUUUAAAAAAUGUAUACUAUUUAUAAAUAUAUACUGUGAAUAGGAUCAGAGUAUUCUUGAAGCUUCCCAUUAGUAGUGGUGCGAAGUCGGAAUACAUAUGUCAAAGCAAAUGCGAGGGCCAGUAGUACCUAGAAGCAUAAUGCACUCUUUGGCUGAGUGGCUUUAAAAAAAGAAGUAGAGCUAUAAAGGCACCAGUAGUCUUUUUGCUGAUUCCCGGUGAAGGAAAGGGAUAGGCUCAAGCAGCCUGGAUCCAUUAGACCACUAAGAUCCUGUAUUCUAGAAUGUUGUGGGUUUUCCGGGUUGUAUGGCCAUGUUCCAGUAGUGUUUUCUCCUGACAUUUCGCCUUCAUCUGUGGCUGGGUUGCCAGGUGAAACGUCAGGAGAAAAUACUACUGGAACACAGCCAUACAACCCUGGAAAACCCACAACACCUUAGUGAUUCCGGCUGUGAAAGCUUUCGACAAUUCAUCCUGUACUCCGUGAAGGGGUUCUCAAAGGCUAAUCAGCCGUAUCCGUGCAUCCGCAUCAAUCCUGACAGACUACUCCUUGCUUAGCCCUCUUCCGUUCUCCUUGCUUUUUUUAACCAUGUAAAAAAUAUAUAUAUAUAUAUAUAUCCCUUGGAAUUUGCUUUUUACUAUUUUUCCAUGUUGCUUUAGUUAUUUGUAUAUAAAUGAUUGAAAAGAAAUUAUCCUGUAUGAUAAGACAGAGUUACCUAGUUUUGUACCUAUCCUGUAAUAACUGAUGUGAACUGAGAGACGAGCGCCGUCUCCGUUUUGGUUUUUGUGAUGUUCUACCGCUCUGUGGAAACAAGCAAAUAUGACGAAUAAAAAUAAAGAGAUAAUAUAGAUUGUAA